AUGUCUGCGCGGCCGGCGACUCCUGCCUCACCUAAGAAUGUCAAAGUAAAGUCUCCGGUUCCGGGAUCGCCAAUGUUCGGCUGUGAACAUGUACAACUUCUACUAAGCAAGAACCAAGAGAUUAUGAACAGUUCCAUUACGCACUACAAAUUGAUCCUCCGCGGCAUAUUCGAUACGACACCAAUUGUCCCCCAAACUUCAACACAAGACGGUCGACCUGUAACGUCGCUUACCUCGAACUACCUCUGCCUACAAUGUCCGACGACAGUUUCCGAAGACGAUCGAUUGAAACAUGGAACUAAGAAACAGCAUCGCUUUUAUGUUGACUCCCGGAGUGGUUGCCUUUAUUGUCAAAUAUGCGACGAUUUUGUCUGGGAUCCUACUCUCGAGGAGCUUCGAGUGCGAAAGAUAGGAACUGGUUCUUUCUCCGGUCGAAAGAGAAAGCACGACGAACUCUUCACAGACUCUAUUAAGGAUGACCCGAGGUACAUUACUAACAAUACUACAACCGCCUCAUGCCGUGCCAACGGUCUGCGCGGCAUUUACAACGCCGGUGCAACAUGCUAUCAGAAUGUCGUUCUUCAAAGCUUCUUGCAUAAUCCUCUGCUACGGAACUUCUACCUCAGCGAUGGUCAUCAGAGUAAUGACUGCCAGGUUCCUCACUGCUUGAGCUGUGCCAUGGAUGAUAUGUUUCAAGAUUUUUAUGCUUUAGAGAAUACAAACGGCUACACUGCUGCAAACAUCUUAUCAGGGUUCUGGAUCUCCGAGAAAAAGGCAUUCGAAAAUCUUGUAACCACCAAAGAGCAAGAUGCCCACGAGUUCUUUCAAUUUUUAGCUGAAGAGCUCCACGAGCGGAAUGGCGAUGGCAAAAAGCCAGAAAUUGGCAGCGAGCACAGCUGCAACUGUAUUAUGCAUCAGACAUUUUACGGCAAGAUGCAGACAACAACCACAUGCCAGAACUGCUCGGGCCAAAGUAACUCCAUCCAGUCGUUCCUGGAUUUGAGCCUGGGUCUUGAGAACGUCGUGCAAAAGAAGAGUAAGAGAACUGGGCAAAAGAAGCCAUCGCUAUCUUUGCAGGACUGUUUGGAUGAGGAAUAUAUCAAGUACGACAAGUGUGAGUAUCGGUGCAACAACUGCAACGGGCCUCAGCAAGCAAAACGGCACACCAGCAUCAAGAGGUUGCCAAAUGUGCUGUCGAUACAGCUUAAGCGCUUCGAGUACAGGCACGGCCGACAUGAUCGUGCGGCUUCCAAGGUUGACAAUGAGGUCAAAUUCCCUCUACAGCUCAACAUGCUGCCCUAUACAAAUCGUGUUCGCAACCACGAUAGCCGCGAAAGCCUUGAACUAGAGCGAUCAUGUACUUAUGACCUCCUUAGCGUCGUGGUUCAUGUGGGCGAGAUUGAUACUGGUCAUUACACGUCGUAUUGUCGAGUCGGUGAUCAGUGGUUUAAAUUCAAUGAUCACAAGGUAGAGAUGGCAAGCUUGUCUGACGUCCUUGGAGCACAAGCCUACUUGCUCUUUUACAUCAUUCGCUCACUAGCCUGA